GUAAAUGUCAAUUGGCAACUAUAAACAGCUGAUUCAUUACGCGAACUGUGGUAUUUUGUUUGUCAAAAUCAUCUAUUGCUUCGUUAAAAAUAAAAAAAAUAUUUUUUUUGUUUUCUUUCCUCAUUAUUAACCACAGAAAGAAUUCCAUGUGUUUUAAAAUUCUUAUAUUUAAUUGGUGGGUUAUUUAAACAUAAAUACAAUGUCUGGCAAUAUAGAAUUAUUUACAACUCGUAUGCGAAAAGCCACUCGGAAAAUACAUUCAGUUAGCGAUGCGCUGGUCAAUGCGAAAUUUGCAAUUUCUCUAAGAGAUGAAAAAGUAUGGGGUGGUGGACUGUUCAUAUUUUAUCAUGUGUUUACUUAUCUUGAAGAUGCAAAGGACAGAUUGAAUAUGGCAGAUUUCAACCAGUUAUUUGUUCACAAAAUACUACACAGAAAGUCAGCUUUUGAGGAGGAUCUCCAGCAUUACCUUGGCAAUGAUUGGCAAUCAAUACCUAAGUCUGCAGCCCUGGAAAACUAUCUAGAACAUUUGCAAAACUUGGAAAAGGAGAACCCAAAAUUACUAAUGGCUUAUGUCUACCAUUUGUACUUGGGGCUGCUGAGUGGGGGACAGAUACUUGCUAAGAAACGGAAAAUGUUUGGUGAAAAGAGCAAUGACACCUAUAUAGAUAAAGUGACAGAUUUCAGUGGUUUUGAUAUUGGUCAACUAAAAAAAGAGUUUAAAGAAGCAAUGAACAAGAUAGCAGAGGACAUGAGUCAGGAAGAACAAAAUGCUUUUAUUGAUGAAAGCAAUCAAGUUUUUCUCAUGAAUAAUCUUAUUGUUAACUCUGUGGGAGGACAAGAUCAAAUAAUCAAAACAUUACUGUAUAAAGCUUCAGCAGUUUUCUUAAUUGUUGUUGGUGUUAUUUUAGCUUAUAAGAUUCAUAAGUAAAUGUUGAUUCAAUUAACUUAAAUAGAGAAAGGAUAAAAAUUAUUUAGAUUAGUAAUAAAAGUUGUAAUUGUUAUUAUAUAUAUUAUUUGUAGUUAUUUGAAUAAAGACUGAUUAUGUUAUUAA